AUGCUUCUGCACGUGCCCGAUGAGGUUUUGGUUCACAUUUGUUCCAUCAUCGAGUGUAACGAUUGGGAAGGCGGCUGGGAUACCAAGUCCUCCUACGAGGCACUCUUGUCUCUGAGCCGCGUUUGCAAGCGUUUGCGUGGGAUUGCAGAAUUCCAUCUCUUUCGAAGCAUUUUUGUCCUCGAAGAGGACCCUGAUGAGAAAUGGAUGCAACUUGCAAGGCGCCUGCAACAGGAUCCUGGGCGAGGUCUCACCACGAGGACGUUCUACUCCCAGAGAUACGAUCCCAUGGCUCAUCCAUACUUCCUCAACUUCAUGACCAACUAUUUCCAAAAGCUCUGCUCAUCGCCUGAUCGUGAUAGAAUCCCCUCAGGUCUCAGGACUGUCAUACAGCAUGAGUUGGAAUUCAUAAUAUUCGAACGGCCAUACAGAAGUUUGAAAGUGCUUCUCAUGCUUCUCAUGCCAGAACUGAGACACCUCGAGCUAUGGCUUACCGACCUCAAAUCUACACCAUUUCUUUUGACUGACACGUUUGAAAGUGACCAAGACUACGGUUAUGCUGGGUUUGAGCCCAACAAAGACGGUCAGGGUAUCAAAGGUAUCCCGAAUAUCUUAUUUUUCCGCCAUCUCGAGUCAGCAACUCUCAGAUCCUAUGACGACAGACUGGGCUCCCCAAUAGGGAGUACAACAGUCUGUGGUCUCUUCAACCAUCCAAGCAUCAAGGCUCUGACAUUUGACGGCUUUGCAUUGCGGCAUGCUACUUGUCUGAAGUUGGACUGGAGCAAGGCGCCCAGCAACCUGACAAGGCUCGACCUUGAAAACUGCAUCUUACAGCCCAAGUCCCUACAGUGCAUCUUGGAGAAAUGCACAAGCCUCACCCAGCUCAAUAUAGCCCUCAUAGGCAAUGGAGACUUAAAAGAUCCAACUCACAAUUUGGCGGAGUUUGGUGAUGUUCUUAGAGAGCAUGGGCAAAAACUGGUCGAGCUUUCAAUCGCCAAACCAAUGUGGGAUCCUCACGUCGCUGACUGGUGUAACUACAUCGGAUGCCUCAAGAAGCUGGAAGUUCUGAGACAUCUAUCCAUCGGUAGGCUCAACUUUGUUGGGCCCGUAGAUGAGGAUAACAAGAGGUACAUAACUAUACACGACAAACUUCCUCAGUCCUUGGAGACUCUCACCAUUCAGGCAGAGGUGACGGGUUGCUCGUGUGACUUGUAUAGAGUCAGACAGACGGAAGAGGUGGUUUGCGACAUGCUCCAGUAUGAACCACUCCCACCGGGCUUGAAACAAAUCUACAUGAAAAUGCUACCGGGGCCGGAGGCUCGAGGUUAUGAAGUGAAACAAGGUGAUGACCUCAGGGGCUGGCAACUCGGGGAAAAAGCUAUAUGGGUGCGGAGAAUCAAGAGGGAAAAGGAGGACGAGGGCGAGAGUGAAGUUGAAGAGGACGAAGAGGGAGGGGACGAGGAGGGAGGGAACGAGAACGAGCAGCGCAGGAAGUGUAUGGGGUGCAAGAAGUGGGAGGAGUAUGAUGAGUAUGACGAGUAUGAGGAGUGGGAGCAGUGUGGCGAGGACGAGGACUACGAAGAGUGCAACAAGUACAGGGUGAUUCAAUUCAUCACCAGUGCGAUCAAGGCUGGAUAA